AUGACAAACCACACUAUGGUGACAGAAUUUACCUUGCUGGGCAUCCCUGAGACAGAGGGCCUGGAGAAUGUCCUGCUCUUCAUUUUCUCAACAAUGUAUGCCUGUGCCCUGCUGGGAAACUUUCUCAUUCUUACUGCAAUCACUACCUCUCCAAAACUCCACACACCCAUGUACUUUUUCUUGGGCAACCUCUCCAUCUUUGACUUAGGUUUCUGUUCCACUACAGCUCCCAAGAUGUUGUCAUAUCUCUCAGGACGGGGUGGGGGAAUCUCUUUCCAGGGCUGUGUUGUACAACACUUCUAUCAUUGUAUUGGUUGCAUAUUGGGCUUCCUGUACACAGUGAUGGCCUAUGACCGCUUUGUUGCCAUAUGUUUCCCUUUGAGAUACACAAUCAUCAUGAAUCACAGAGUAUGCUGUGUCUUGGCCACAGGGACCUGGAUGAGUGGCUGUAUUGUGGCUAUCCUCUACACUGCAGUUAAUGUCCACUUAUAA